AUGGCCAACCCAACAAGGUUCAACCCAAUGACAUCCCACCCAAUGAUGGCCAACCCAACGAUGUCCAACCCAACGACGUCCAACCCGAUGACCACCAACCCAACGAAGUCCAACCCAACGACAACAUUCAACCCAACAACAUCCAACCCAACAAGGUUCAACCAAAUGAGAUUCAACCCAACAACGUCCAACCCAACGACGUCCAACCCAACGACGUCCAACCCAACGAGAUUAAACCCAAUGAGGUUCAACCCAACGAUGUUCAACCUGAUGAUGUCCAACCCAACGGCAACAUUCAACGCAACAACCUCAAACCCAACAACAUCCAACCCAAGGAGGUUCAACCCAACAACGACCAACCCAACAAGGUUCAACUCAAUGACGUCCAACCCAACAAUGAUCAACCCAACGACGUCCAACCCAACGAUGCCCAACCCAACAAGGUCCCAACCAAUGAUGUUCAACCCGACGACAUCCAACCCGACAACAUCCCACCCAACAAUAUCCCAACCCAAUGACAUCCAACCCAACAAGGUCCAACCCAACAACCUCCAACCCAAUGCUCUCCCACCCAACAACGUUCAACCUGAUGAGGUUCAACCCGACGAGGUUCAACCCAACGAUGUCCAACCCAAUGAUGUUCAACCCAACAACGUCCCAUCCAACAACCUCAAACCCAACAACGUCCGACCCAACGACGUCCAAUCCAACAACGUCCCAACCCAAUGA